GAGGUUAUGUUGAUGCGAAUUAAUGAUUUACAUUGUAGAUAUGCAUUAAUAUAGAUAAAGAAACAAAUAAAGCAAAUAUAAACAAUAAGAAAUUACUUUGUGUUAUAUUAAUUGGUUCUUAGUAUACUAUAUUUUGAAAUGGGUGCUUUAUUUUGAAUUUACAUCUCAUACUAUUUGGUAAAAAAAUAAUGGAUCAACAGAGUACUUCAAAACCGCCUUUUUUAAAUGGGAUCCAAGUUGCAAGUUUGGUUGUGGAGUCCAAACCAUAUCCCAUAUUUAAAGGAGUUAAUACUAUUGGCAGAAACAAAGCAGCUGUUGUUAAUAUUAAACAUUUGACGGUAAGCCAACAUCAAGCUGUUAUUGUGGCCAUAGAUGAAACACAGGUCUACAUAAGUGACAUGAAUUCUUCUAAUGGUACAUUUAUUAACAAUUCAAAAAUGAUUCCUCUACAGUUGUAUAAGUUGACCAACAAGGCUGAAAUUAAAUUUGGUGAACUCAAUGCAAGUUUUUCAAAUAUUUUAGUCGUGGACCCAACCCAAAAUGAUGCUUUGGAGGCCAGUCAACUGUCACAGACUCAAACAUUUUAUUCUUCAAGUACACAAGUCCUAUUCAACCCCACAGACAUUUCUAGUACCUGUGUAAAUAAUGACCAAACAAUUAGUGAUAAUAACAUUCACGAAAUAGCAACCCAAAUAGAAUUUCAUCCACCACCCAUUCCAAAACCUAAGAAACACCAGUUUAAAAAAGGAGUUCAUAAUCAAGAAAAUCAAUUGGUGAAAGAUCAAGAAAAUCAUAUGGUUCAAAUUCCAGGUAAAGAGGUGGCUAAGAAUGAACUAAGUGAACGGGUUCAAAAUGAAAUUAUAGAAAAUGGAGAUGACAUUCAUGAUCUUCCAACACAAGUAUACAAUUUUGUUUUGGACAGCAAUAAAGAGGAGCAAAAUAUUCAUGAAAUGGCCACUCAAGUUUUUAACCCAUCUAUAAAUAUUCAUGAAGUGGCCACUCAAGUUUUUAACCCAUCUAUACAACCUGAAGAUAAUCCAGUAGAACAACUAGUUAUUGAUAAUGAGAAAAGUGAAGAAAUUGAUAGUACAUCAGAUCCUAAUACACAAAUAAUGACUCAGGAAGAGAUGGAGGCUAUUUCUAAGAAAUUGAACAAUACAAAUGACCCUGUGUCACUUGUAACACCAACGGAUACUCAAGAUUUAAUAAACAGCAGACAGGAAAGUAACUUAAAGGAUCAAGAAGAUAUACCUGUUGAUAAGAUUAAGACUAAAUUUGCAAGUAAAACUAUUCAUGACAGUCAAGAGCCUUCAACGUCAGGUAUGCAAAAUAAUUUUAAGGAAUAUGAUGAUUCUUUUACUAAUUCUAUAAAUAGUAGUAAGGCAGGAGACUUUUCCAUAGAAGAAACAUUUUUAGAUAAUCUUGAAAAUAAUGAUUCAAUGGACUUUUUAAUUGCAAAUACUGAAAACCCAGAUUCACAAUAUAAUCUACAGCCUACAUCACAAUUAUUAAACACUAAAAUUAGUCAAAAUGAAUUAGAAGAACACAUUUCUGUACAUAAAUCACCAGAAGGAGAUCUAGAAGUUAAUUGCAAAGAUACACAUAAAGUUCUAGAACAAGGUGGACAAGGAAAAGAUGAUAUUUCAGACUCAGAUACUGACUGUGAAGAUGCGCUUUUAGCAAAUAUGUCACUAAGGUUAAGUGCAAAUAAUAGUCAUGAUGGCACAGACCCACAGAUCAAAUCUAAAAGAGAUUUUGAUGAUUUGGAUGAUUCUGACUGUAUACCAGCCACUCAAGAUGCCUUUGCAAAAGAAUUAGACUAUAAACCACUGAAAUCUUCACAGGCGAGUAAUUUACAGUCUUCUGAGGAGAGUUUUAAGUUAGGAUUAACAGAACUUAUGGAGUUUCCAGAGUUAGAUGACCUUGACAAUUCAAAAAAGUCACAAUCCCAAGAAAAAAAAAGUAGUUUGGAUACACAGGGUGUUGAGGAAUGUGCAAAUAUAGAUGGUGCUCCAAAACCUGAUAAAAAUAUGAUAAAUGAUGCAAAUCAAAAGGAAUUGGACUCUUCAGAUGCCUACAUUGAGGCCACACAAAAAAUUGAUAACGUUUUUCUUGCACUCACUCAAUUGUUACCAUCAAACGAACUUAGUGAACGAAAAAAGAAUACAAAACAAGAUAUAUAUUCCCAGUCAACCCAAAAACUAGACGAUGAUGUAUAUAUACAACCAACCCAACAGAUUGAUGAUGUUUUUCUUCAACCUACUCAACCACUGUCAUCAAAAAAGGUAGUUGAUAAAAAAAAGCCUACUCAAGAAGAUAUAUAUUCUCAAGCAACACAAAAAUUGGAUGAAGAUUUGUAUAUAGAACCAACUCAACAGAUUGACGAUGUUUUUCUUCAACCUACUCAACCAGUGGCAUCAAACAAAGUUGUAGAUAGAAAAGAGCCUAAUAAAGAAGCGAUAUAUUCCCAAGCAACGCAAAAACUGGACGAGGAUGUUUUUUUAGAACCCACUCAACAAAUUGACGAUACCUUUCUACAACCCACUCAAUUGUUGCCGUUAUGCGAACCUAUUGAUAGAAAAAAACCAACUGAAGGCGAUUUGUAUUCCCAGCCUACUCAAACACUUGAUGAAGAUGUGUUUGUUCAACCUUUUAAUGUUAGAAAACAGCGAAGGUCAAAAAAUGUUAUCACAGACAGUGAAGAUAUGUUUCUUGUACCAACACAAAUACUUGACGUAGAAGAUAAACCUGAAAAGUCCAAAUCUUGUAAAGGAAAUGAGAGUUUUAAGACAACAUCAAAUACUUCGCUAAAACUGGAUGAAGAUCCCUAUAUACAAGCAACUCAACCUAUUGAAGAACUAGCAACACCUAAUAAAUCUAGAUCAAAAAUUGGAGAUGCGUAUAUGAAGCAAAGUGAUAUUAAUAAUGAUAUCACAGAAUCACAAUUAGAAAUGGAAAAUUAUGGUAUGGUCGAACCAAAUAUUUCAAUUCGAAGGGAUAGACCUGGAAAUCCGAUUUUAUGUGAACUGGAACCCAAAAAUUUCAACGAUAAAGACGAUUCGGAUGAUGACGAUACUUGUAUCGAAUCGAUGAGUCAAAUCGAAGCUUUUAUAGGAAGCUCGCGAGUUGUACCGCCAGACAAUAUAAAAAAAGAAACGAUUUCAACCAAAACUAAAUGCAAUACAUCUCUAAAUAAUAGUAUAGAAACUUUGAGCCAAAUCGAAGCGUUUAUUAAGAAACCUUUGCCUCCAAGGCAGUCCGAUAGAGGUUAUCAAACAACGAAAAAUAAAACAGGAAUAGCGAACAGUAAGGAGAAUGAAGAUAGACCGGAAACUCUGAGCCAGAUUACGUCGUUUAUUGCUAAGCCACAAAGUACAAAGAUUAAAGAAGAGAAGAGAGUGAGCGAUAUGAAUUCAUCAAAAAAUAUUACCCAAAAUCGUAUCUCUAGCAUAAAUGGUGAAUUAUUAUUGAAUUCAACACUAAAUGAAAGGAAUCAAGACGAAUCUAACAAAACAAAUAUUAGUAGAGGACUGCUAAGUGACGUAGACCAGAGUUUUGCAUUGCUAGAGUCUAAAAGCUCUAGAAUUAAAAGGAAACCGAUCAUGGAUCCGGUUUUUGAAGAUAUCAAAGUAAAUGUUACCUUGCAUAGAAGAAGCAUGCAAGUUGAAGAGAAUAAAGAUGAUACAUUGAUUGUGCCAACUAAGAAGUCGAGAACGGGCAACAACCGUAACACUUUACGUUUCUCAGAAUUCGAAUUACCAACAACAAAGUCACGGUCUAGAAGACCAAAAGUACCUUCACCAAGUUCAGAAACGAAAGCGGAUACGAAAUCAUCGAAUAAAGGAACGAAAACAAAGGUCAGCAGUACAAAAACUUCUUCAAAAGAUGACGAUUAUUUACCUAAAGCUAAUAAAGUACAAAAAGAUGCCGAAGAAGAUAAAAAGAGUCCGGAAAAAAGAAGAAGAACCACUAGGACCGCUGCCGCUAAGAACACGAAGAAAUCGAGUACAGAAAGUGGAGAUAGUAAACCGUCCAGAAGUAAGGAGCCUACAUUAUCCACAGAAACCAAACCGGCGACUUCAGAAGACGUUAAAUCUACAGAAAAACGAGCACCGAAAACUAGAGGAAGGACAAAAACAAAAGAAAUAGAAUCAACAGCUCCAAAGAGCAAAAGGCAAAAGUGAAUGAAGUAAUUUAUGCAUUAUAUUAUUUAUAUGUAAUUAAUACAGAUAGUUAUAUUUUUAAUAAACACAAAAUUG